AUGGACCCUCAAAUCACACCAGACACGUUCUGCUCAUAUACACCGUCCCCGGCAGAAGCAGAUACAACCGUGUUCUUCAUCUCGGGAAAUCCAGGGCUGAUCAGCUACUACCACCCAUUCCUGUCUCUGCUAGGGCAGUACUUGGCAGAUGAUCAAGACCCCCUCAGCAAAGGCGCAUCUGUAGAGAAGACGCCCUCCCAUUUCCAAAUCUAUGGAUGCAGUCUCGGCGGAUUCGAAGUUCCUUGCGAUAAGACGUCACCCUCCGGGACAAACGGCGGCAACGGGCCCCCCGAUGCCGCUCAAAGCGGGAGGUCUAAACUGUAUAGUUUGGAAGACCAAAUUUGUUUUGUCCACGACAAACUCAAUACUCUUAUGACUGAGAAUGCUGCUUCUGCGAAAACUCCAUCAGCGUCCUCGCGCAGGCAAAAGGUCAUCCUCAUGGGCCACUCUGUCGGAGCAUAUAUCGCCAUGGAAGUACUAAGGCGGCACCGCGAAGCAAGCCCCAGCCCUGAACCCCACAGACAAUAUACCACGGACUUCGAUAUCAUCGGCGGCGUGAUGCUAUUUCCGACAGUGAAGGAUAUCGCGCAUUCACCUGCGGGUCAGAAAUUGACCGUACGUCUCAUCCCUCCCUUUUACACUGCCAACAGGCCGAUAUUGAUAUUGGCAAUUUCCGCUAUGCAGACCCUUUUAUCAUUCUUUCCUCAUUUUGCUCUCGUUGUGGGCUUCCUCGCCCACCUCCUCACCACUCUCCUCCCAUCCGCAGCCCUAAAAUGGCUAAUCAAACUCGUAAUGAACGACCCGCCUACGCAUGCUCGCGACACUACAUUCUCCUUCUUGAACAGCCCUGGCGGCGUGCGUCAAGCCCUGUACGUCACCCCACUCCCGUCUGCUUUCCUUUCAUUAGUUAUAUGCCCUCGUCUAAUGAGAAAAACUAGACACAUGGCAGCAGAUGAAAUGCGCACGAUAACAUCUGACAAGUGGACCGAUGAUGUCUGGGGUGUUGCCCGCGCACGCGAGCCACUCACUAAGCUCUUCUUUUACUUCGGGCGCAAUGACCAUUGGGUGGCGGAGAGGACGAGAGACGAACUUAUUGCGCUGAGGGGUGGUACGGAUGGGGAAUCAGGGCCGAAGAUGUUUGUUUGUGAGGAAGGGCUGCCGCAUGCGUUCUGCUUGAGUGAGUCUGAGAAUUGGGAGUCUAUCUGGGCGAUUGGUGCUGAUUCUCACGUAGGGCAUAAUGAUGUUAUGGCCCGCAAAGUGGCGGGUAUGAUCCAAGAUAUUGGAGGCAAUUGA